AUGAACGUUUUAGGGGUUUUAUAUCUGGUUCUAUUGAUUAGGUCAUCCAUUGCCCCUCCAGUAUGUUCAGGAGGAAGGUUGUCUAAUCCAUCAAGGAGAAAUGUUCCAACUACGGUACCUUCCGGGUUGGUUCUUGACCUUGAAAAGCCAGACGAUAAGCUUUGCCAGUCCUUUGACUAUAACACAGAUGGAAUUCCUACGAGACUCAUUAUGCCAAAGGAUGAUAAUGUAAUAACAUCAAUCAAGGAAGGUUCUUUAGACAUAUGGAAGGCUUCUGGAGAUAAUGUCGCAUGCGCAUUUGUAACUCUUCGUCUGAGUGACGGUAAACCGGUAAUUGCACAGCUAACCAAGAAUGGCAAUGGAAAUCCGAUGGUUACAUUUCUAAAGAAAGAUGACAAAUGGGAUCCGGUAAAUGAUUAUUCGACAGAAGUCAUUAAACUCAGGAAAACUCCAAAGUCUCUAGAGGACUUUACCCUUGACAUCUCUGCUUUUAAAGACACUGAUCAGUGUACUGUUUUCCAAGUAGACCUUCUGGGUAUUACCACUAGACACUUUUACCCUAAACCUGGACAUGUAGCUAUCCAAGUAAAGGAUGGAAAUAAGGAACUGUGGAAGUGUGGAAACAGUGACCAUUGCGUUUCUUGUAUCAUUCAUAAACAUGGGAGUGUAGAACUACUGGAGGUGGGUAUAGUGGAGAACUGUUCAAAGAGAUGGAGGUACUUUGAAAAGAAUGGUCAGGAGUGGAGAGAGAUCGAAAAGACAGAAUUUGAUGAGAAGGAGCAAGCUAUUAUAGGGGGAAAGUUUGUAAGCGCUCUCCUAGACAAGGUAGAUGCAUCCUUAUUUGAUCUUGAAGAGUCCCUUGAAGAUGGUAUAAAAGUUCUCAAACUCACAGCUAAGGAGGGUACCUCUACUAACGAACUUUUAUACGAUGGCAAGACAGUUUGGGAGGGUAAGAAGAAAUCCUGCCCAUCGGCUAUCUUGUAUAUGGAUGGAGAGAAGCCCACUCUUGCAGUACUUGUUACCAAGGAUAAGAAUGGUAAGGAUGGAAAAGUCUAUCAGUACCAUGAUGGUAACAAGUGGAGGGAUACUAAAGAAGAUGACCAUAAGGAGAAGCUGGCUGAGCUAAAGGAGAAGUGUAAGCCUGGAAAAACCCUAGACAUUUCAAAGAGGGAUAGUUCAGUAGGUAGCUAUUACAUCACUUAUCCUGGUUAUGGAAAGAUUGCACACAAUUUUGAUCUCAAAAGUGCCACAGUAACUAAAGUAGUCGAUGGAGAACAUGUAAUAUGGACAGCUAAAGAAAAUGGUCAUAAGUGUAUAGAUGCAAAAAAUAUCGUUACAGGCGGUAAAGAAUCAUUGAGAUUAGAAAUUAAAGCGGAUAAGAAUGAGGACUUAUGGUUUAGGAAGAGAGAUGGUAAAUGGACCAUCAUCCCCCAAUCCAACUCCAGAGCCUAA